AUGGCUCUCAUCUUCACCUCACACUCUUCUCUCUUCUCCAAAAGCUUCUCCAACCAACUCUCAUUUCCAACCCCAAAAUCCCAAUCUCUAUCUCUCCUCUCUUUCCCCUCACCAAACCCUAACCCUAAGCUCCCCUCACUCCAUCUACGCUCCUCUCUCUCCGACGAUAGCCCCACAGACGGCGACCGUCCGACGAAGAUCACUGACGAGUGGGGCGAGGAGGCCGCCCCGGAGGCCGAACCCGCAUCCAAAGUCUCCGAAUCGGACCCUCCGCAGAACGAGGAUGAGUGGGGAGGCGGAGGAGAUGAUGUCGUUGAAAUUGGGAAUGGGAGUCCGGCCAAAGCUGAGGCUGAGAUUGAGGAGAAGGUGGAUGGUAAGUUUAGUGAGCUCAAGAGGGCUUUGGCAGACACUGUUUAUGGGACUGAAUUCGGGUUUCGGGCCGGGUCUGAGGUCAGGGCGGAGGUCUUAGAGUUGGUUAACCAGUUGGAAGCGGUCAAUCCAAACCCGGCUCCGACCGCGAAUCCGGGUCUUCUUGAUGGCAACUGGGUUUUGCUGUACACUGCAUCCUCUGAGCUGUUGCCACUUCUAGCUGCAGGUAGUACACCUUUGUUGAAAGUGAGUAAAAUAGGCCAAUCGAUUGACACCAGCAGCUUAACCAUAGUGAACUCAACCACGUUGUCUGGCCCCUUUGCCACUUUCUCUUUCAGUGCAUCCGCUAGCUUUGAAGUUAGAAGCCCUUCAAGAAUUCAGGUUGAAUUCAAGGAAGGCAGCGUUUUGCCUCCAGAGAUAAAGUCAAGUGUUGAUCUCCCGCAAGAAGUGGAUAUCUUUGGGCAGAAAAUCAAUUUAUCACCUGUCCAGCGAACUCUCAAUACUUUGCAGGAAGCUGUUGCAAGUAUCUCAAGAGCCAUUUCUGGUCAGCCACCAUUUAAGGUUUCCAUUCCAGGAGAGCGGACGAAAUCUUGGCUUCUUAUUACAUAUCUUGAUGAGGAUCUCCGGAUCUCGAGGGGGGAUGGUGGUCUUUUUGUGCUUGCUAGAGAAGGCAGCCCCCUCAUAGUUCAGUAA